AUGAUUUCACUAUUUAAAGGUAGAAAAGCUGAAGAAGCAUUAUUGAAGUAUACAAUUGAACAAUUGGUUAAAAAGGAAGUUCCCGAAUGCUUUCAUUUCAAUGCUACUAGAAAUUUAAUUAUUGUACGUGUGGCAGACCAGAACGGAUUUUUAAUUUUUGGUUCUAGACAAUCCUAUGAAACAUUCAAGGAUACAACUUCUGAUAAGUCUUAUAUAGCUGGAAAUAUUGGAAAUGGUGUCCCGUUGAUGGAGAUUGCUGUAGACAACGUUGCUCGAUUCAGAGAUCCAUCUGAUUUGAAGAGUUUAAUAUUCGGUGUCUAUGUCUAUGAAGUAAGAAGUAUAUACGAACCACCUCCAUAUGAUGAAUACACUGUAAUCCAAAAUAAUGGUGGUAAAAAAUUAUUUAAAAUACCUUUUUGUGAAGUCUCAUGUGAAAAGAAUGGCUUUGAUAAAGACUAUAAGUUCCAUUUUGUUUAUUCAAAUGCUAUGGAUGACAUGCGUAUGGGCAGAGAAUUCAUGACAGAAAAUUAUUUCACUAAUAUAUCAGGCUACGUUCUAAAGUGGGAGGCUUUUGAAAAGCCCCCAGCUGCAAACAAACAACAUUUAUCUCUUCAGUUAAUGGAAAAUAUUGAAAAAAUGAAAGUCACAGAUGCCAAUAGGUUAACUGUGGCACAUUAUACCGAAGAACUACGUGGUAAGCUUAAUAGAAUAAUAAAUCAUGAAGCAGAUCUAUAUGUAGGUGAAAAAUAUUAUUCAAAUAACUAUGAUAUCAAUGAUAUCCCUCUGCAAACAAAAAUAAUAGCUGCAGAAGCUUUAGUUAUUCACUAUAUUCAACACCUGAAAAGAGAAAUUAAAAAGAAAGAUGCUAAUUGUAAUUGCCACCAUACUACAAAUUUAUGGGAUAUUUAA